AUGUCUUCUGACAGCAAGUCCAGCCAGAUCCUAUCGACUUUGCAAAAGUCGUUCGAGCAGCUCUCUGACGAAGAGAAGCAGAAGCAGGUCAAGAAGACGAAUGGUAUUUUCCAGCUGAAUAUCAAGGGCAAGGAGGACACGGAGAUAUGGACCAUCGACAUGAAGAACAAAGGAGAGGUCAGGAAGGGCGAAGCUGGUAAAGCCGACUGCACUAUUACCAUGCCCGACAACGUGUUCGUCGGCCUGUCCGAGGGCAAGGUCAACGCUCAGAAAGCGUUCAUGACCGGUCAGCUAAAGGUCAAGGGUAACAUCAUGUUUGCGACCAAGUUGGAUGACGUGUUGAAGACCGCAAAGAGCAAACUAUAG